AUGGCUGCGCAGAAGAAGCUCAUCAUCAAUGCCUUUGUAGAAUCGUGCAGUGGGCACCAGUCCCCCGGGCUAUGGCAACAUCCUCGGGACCAGUCUUGGCGCUUCAAUGAGGUUUCGCACUGGGUAAACCUGGCCAAAAAGCUCGAAGAGGGGAAAUUUCACGGUGUCUUUAUCGCCGACGUGCUGGGCGCAUACGACGUCUACAAAGGCCCUCGAAACCCCAACCCUGCCAUUGUCUCGGGCGCUCAGUGGCCUGUGAAUGAGCCGCUGGCGGUCGUUUCUGCCAUGGCAGCAGCGACAAGGAACCUCGGCUUUGGCGUUACUGUCGCGACCACGUACGAGCAGCCGUACCAUCUCGCGCGGCGUCUAAGCACCAUCGACCACUUGACGGGAGGGCGAAUCGGCUGGAACGUCGUCACUGGCUAUCUAGACUCGGCCGCCAGAAACCUAGGGUUCCAGGAGCAGCCAAAGCACGACGAGCGCUAUGCGGUGGCUGAAGAAUACGUCGAAGUGGCAUACAAGCUUUGGCAGAGCUCUUGGCGAGAUGACGCUGUCAAGUUGGAUCGCAAGACGGGCGUCUAUACUGAUCCGGCUCUCGUCCGCACCAUCGAUCACGUCGGCAAAUACUUUACCGUGCCGGGCCCGCACAUUUGCCAGCCGUCGCCCCAGCGGACGCCCGUCAUCAUGCAGGCAGGCACCUCGAGCGCCGGAAAGGCCUUUGCGGCCAAGAACGCAGAGGCCAUCUUCGUGGCCGGCCACAGCCCGUCGACCGUGGCCAAGAAUAUCGCAGAGAUUCGCGCCAAGGCCCAGGACGAGUUUGGACGGGACCCGCAGGGCAUCAAGUUCCUGGCGCUCUUCUGCCCCAUCAUUGGCAAGACGCAGGAGGAAGCCGAGGCCAAGUACAGGGACUUUAUCCAGUACGGCUCCGAGGACGGCGCGCUGGCGCUGUUUGGCGGGUGGACGGGCAUCGACCUGUCGACGUACGGCGACGACGAGGAGCUGCGGCACGUCGAGUCAAACGCCAUCCGGUCCGCGGUCGAGGCCUGGUCCAAGGCGACGCCAGAGGUGCCGAGGUGGACAAAACACACCGUCGCCAACCACAUCAAGAUUGGAGGUCUGGGCGCCACCACGGUCGGCACGCCGGACCGCAUCGCCGAUGAGAUGGAGAGGUGGGUGCGCGAGGCCGACGUCGACGGCUUCAAUCUCGCCUAUGCGCUUUUCCCGGAAUCGUUCCAGGAUAUUGCCGAUUUGCUGUUUCCGGUAUUGAGGGAGAGGGGCCUAUUCUGGGACGAUUACGCAGUGGAUGGAGGAACGUACCGAGAAAACCUGUUUAGCAACAAGGGCGGUGCGUUUCCACCCAACGACCAUCCAGCUGCUAAACAUCAUUGGAAAGCUAGCGAUUAG